CAGUGCUGGCUAACGUUCCAACUUCCCAUAUGUUUUGAACGAGCACACGCGGAAUUUUUGUUUGGAUUUUAGUUUCAUUAACUUCGGAAAAGAAGCCCCCGAAAUGACGACGACCAGCACAAUAGUGAUGCCCGGAGAGCGGAUUACGGCCAUUGAGGAGUUGGCUAAGAGCAAGCGGGUGAUUUUGGGACCAGGACUGCGCCGACAGGACGAAACGGUGGUGGCCAGCAAGGCGGGACCUCUGCGCCACAAGGAACCUAGUACUUUUUGGGUGGACAACUAUCAGAGGCGAUACAUUCCCGCCCGUGGAGAUCAAGUCCUGGGAAUAGUGCGUUCCAAGGCGGGUGAUUUAUACCGCGUUGACAUCGGCGCAGCAGAUACGGCAUCCAUUUCUUAUCUAGCCUUCGAAGCGGCCACCAAAAAGAAUCGACCGGACUUGAAUCCCGGGGAUCUGAUCUACGCAAGGGUCCUCAAUGCCAGUGCUGAUAUAGAACCAGAGCUGGUGUGCGUCAACUCCGUGGGCAAACGUGGCAAACUGGGAGUCCUGGCCGAGGGAUUCUUUUUUAAGUGCAGCCUGAAUCUGGGCAGGAUGCUCCUUAGGGAAAACUGCCCCGUCCUCGCCGCUCUGACCCGGGAAUUGCCCUACGAGAUCGCCGUGGGAGUCAACGGAAGAAUCUGGCUGAAGGCCCAUUCCCUGAGAGAAACCAUCGCCCUGGCCAAUGCCAUUGUGGCUCUGGAGCAGUCGGGCUAUGCGGAAAUCGACAAGAUCUGCGACAACCUGGGCGACUUCCUGCAGGCUUAGGAUUAGUUCUUAGUUUACUUACAUUUUAUAUUAAAAGAAACGUAAAGCUAAAAUGUUUCAGUUUAGUUUUCAUGCGACUGUUGGCGCAAAGGUGGAGUGUUGGUAGACUUAUUUCGUUUACGUAAAGGAAACUAUCAGAGAUGAGCUGAUAAAAGAGCUUUUAGUCAUUGUGGAAUCGGAAAUACAUAUUCUAUGUGAUACCUAUUACUAUUUGAGGAUGUGUUGCCCCUUAUAUUAUGCCUAAACUCAGGAUACUAUAACUAGAAAACGUUAAAAAUGUGAAAGAAAAAAUUAACUAAAACUUGUUGUAAGCACAAUAAGGAAAUUAAAAAAAAAUAUUAGUA